AUGCCGGCUCCAUUUCUGACCAAGACGUAUCAGCUCGUUGACGAUGCGGCAACCGACCACAUUGAGAAAAACCGAGGGUAUCAAGAAAGAUUGGGACACGACAGAUGGGAGUUCGCGAACGAUUUCUUCAAGAAAGGGGAGAAGCACUUGCUCUGCGAGAUCCACCGGAGAAAAACUGCUCCGCCGCAACCGGACCACCACCACUCCGUCGCCGGACAAAGUAGCUUCUUCCCCUACAACACCGGCCGACUCAGCGUCUCCCCGCCUUCAGAUUGGGACGAACACCAACAACAACAACCGGGCAGCAACAACAACAACUGGUGCAACGAGUACUCACACUCACCGCCGCCUCUCUCUUCCCCCGGCGGCGGAGGAGGAGGAAACAACAACAACUAUAGCAGCUCGUUCACCACGCUGUCGGAAGACAACGAGAGACUAAGAAGAAACAACAACAUGCUCGUGUCGGAACUAGCCCACAUGAAGAAGCUGUACACCGACAUUAUCUACUUUGUCCAGAACCACGUCAAACCAGUGGCGGCGCCGCCGUUCUUCUGCAACUCAUCGCCGCCGUCUUCCGCCGCCUCCGCCGCCAUCAUCAAUGGAUCAUCGUCGUCGUCGUUCUUGCCGCAACAGCAGCAGCAGGGAAAUAGCUUCUCACAGAACAGCUGUACUGUAAGAAGAAUUGUCGAAGAUCCACCGCCGCAAAACAGAACUAAGCUGUUUGGUGUGCCGCUGCCAUUGUCGUCGUCGUCUUCGAAGAAAAGAUUACACCCAGAAUACAAUUCUUCGGUUGAGACUACCAAGGCUAGAUUGGUAAUUGAUCAAACCCAUGAUUUAGGGUUGAAUCUCAUGCCUCCAUGUUAG